CGGGCCGGCAGGGGAGGGGCUGAGUUUCGGCCAAAGCAGCAGCUAGAGCCCUAGCAGCCUGAUUAUCACAUGACUCGACGGCGGCGGUAGCCGUGGCAGCAGCGGCGCCGGCUCCGCGGGCUCGCCUGGUGGGCUCAGUUCCGCUCACGCAGGAGUGGAGCGCAGCGGGUCGGGGAGGGACCAGCAGAAGCUGCGGCCGCCCCGCCGCUCCCGGAGCGCGCGGCGUCUCUCCCAGCCCGGCCCGCCCGCUCCAUGCCUCUCCGUUGCGGAAGUGUAGCGGGGGUAGGCGGCGGCACGGAGCGCGGGAGGCCCGGGCUCGGCCCCCUGCAGCACUAGGCUCCGGGAGCCUCGCGGCGCGUCCCAGCGGUCCCGCUGCCCGUGCGCCCGGCGCCCGCCGCAGCCUGCAUGCUCCGCGCCCCCGCCGCCGCCCCCUGCUCGCACCGCUGCUGCCGGGCGCCGGAGUAAUAUGCUCACUCGAGUGAAAUCUGCUGUGGCCAAUUUCAUGGGCGGCAUCAUGGCUGGCAGCUCAGGCUCCGAGCACAGCGGCGGAGGCUGCGGAGGCUCGGACCUGCCCCUGCGCUUCCCGUACGGGCGGCCGGAGUUCCUGGGGCUGUCUCAGGACGAGGUGGAGUGCAGCGCCGACCACAUCGCCCGCCCCAUCCUCAUCCUCAAGGAGACCCGGCGGCUGCCCUGGGCUACUGGAUACGCAGAGGUUAUCAAUGCCGGGAAGAGCACGCACAACGAAGACCAGGCCAGCUGCGAGGUACUCACCGUGAAGAAGAAAGCGGGGACCAUUGCCUCCACCCCCAACAGGAACUCCACCAAGAGACGGUCCUCCCUUCCCAACGGGGAGGGGCUGCAACUGAAGGAGAACAUGGAAUCGGAAGGCGUUUGCUGCCACUACUGGUCGCUGUUCGACGGCCACGCGGGGUCCGGCGCGGCGGUGGUGGCGUCCCGCCUGCUGCAGCACCACGUGGCCGAGCAGCUGCGGGAGCUGGUGGAGAUCCUCCGGAACUCGGCCGUCCUGCCGCCCGCCUGCCUGGGCGAGGAGCCCGAGGGCGCGCCCGCCGGCCGCGCGCUGACCCGCGCCGCCUCGCUCCGCGGAGGCGUGGGGGCCCCCGGCUCCCCCGGCACCCCGCCCACGCGCUUCUUCACGGAGAAGAAGAUUCCCCACGAGUGUCUGGUCAUCGGGGCCCUUGAGAGCGCGUUCAAGGAAAUGGACCUGCAGAUAGAACGAGAGAGGAGUUCAUAUAACAUAUCUGGUGGCUGCACAGCCCUCAUUGUCAUUUGCCUCCUUGGGAAGCUGUAUGUGGCAAAUGCUGGGGACAGCAGGGCCAUCAUCGUCAGGAAUGGAGAAAUCAUCCCCAUGUCUUCAGAAUUCACCCCCGAGACGGAGCGCCAGCGACUCCAGUACCUGGCAUUCAUGCAGCCUCACUUGCUGGGAAAUGAGUUCACACAUUUGGAGUUUCCAAGGAGAGUGCAGAGGAAGGAGCUGGGAAAGAAGAUGCUCUACAGGGACUUUAACAUGACAGGCUGGGCAUACAAAACCAUUGAGGAUGAUGACUUGAAGUUUCCCCUAAUAUACGGAGAAGGCAAGAAGGCCCGAGUGAUGGCAACUAUCGGAGUGACCAGGGGACUGGGGGACCAUGACCUGAAGGUGCAUGACUCCAACAUCUACAUAAAGCCAUUCCUGUCUUCAGCUCCAGAGGUAAGAAUCUACGAUCUCUCCAAAUAUGAGCAUGGAGCAGAUGAUGUGCUGAUCCUGGCAACGGAUGGACUGUGGGAUGUUUUAUCAAAUGAAGAAGUGGCAGAAGCAAUCACUCAGUUUCUCCCUAACUGUGAUCCUGAUGACCCUCACAGGUACACACUGGCAGCUCAGGACCUGGUGAUGCGUGCUCGUGGUGUCCUGAAGGACAGAGGAUGGCGGAUAUCUAAUGACCGACUGGGCUCAGGAGAUGACAUUUCUGUAUAUGUCAUUCCUUUAAUACAUGGAAAUAAACUGUCAUGAAAACAACUCAGGGGAUUGGAAGAUCAGAAGGAAGAAAGCUGGGAUGCCUCUUGGCAGGGCAGGACUGGGAAGUGCCCCAGCAGAGUUCCAGAUGGUGCCACCUCUUCCCAGCCCAGAUGGAGAGUUUGCUGCCCAAAGCCUCUGGCUGUGUUUCAAGAGGAUCAAUAGGUUUCAGUUACCGCUUUAGUUAACAGGUCUGGAUACUCAACAAAAGCAAAACCUAAAGGCUGCUACUGAGUGUUGUUUCUUUUGGUUCCUUCAAUAGGCCUCCUAAGUGGCCGUUGCCUAUUUUGGGCACAUAAUCAUAUUUAUUUUAUCUGGAAUGCUGGGGCAGCCAUUUUCAGGUGUAACUGGCAGAAGACUCUUCGUCUGUCAAGCUGCCAAUUUGUCUACGGGUUGGAACAUUGGGGAUCAUGCCUCAGAAAGUGUGAGCGCCCACCUUCUACUAAGCCUGAGAUUUAUUUCAGGGAACGCUAUCUAUGUGUGUGUCUCUCUCUAUUCUUUCAUGAUGAUGAGGAUGGGGUAAGGUUGGAACUUUUUUUUAAUUUCUUGAAUCUUAAUUGUUUCCAUAGACCAGGCCUGGGACUUUCCAACUCCUUGCUGAGGAAUUUGUGUGUCCAAGUCCAACCCAGGCUGUCACUGUAUCCUGUAACCCACACCACCCAGGCAGACCUCUGGAGCAGUGCCCUGGUUAACAGAGUGCUGUCUUUGUUGUGUAAUAAUUUGUUUCUAGGUUGAUUUUUUCCCCCACUAAAUCAGUGUUUUCAUGAAACUUGGGGUAUUUCUUUGGGCCAGCAGUUCCUCUUUUGUCUUCAAGGGUCUCCCUUGUGUUGUUUGAGGUUUCUGUUGGUUUCUGAAUCUGGGUUUUCAUUUCUGGAAUGAUUGCUUCCAGAUCCCAACCCAUCCUUGCUGUGCCACAAGUACACACGUAAAGCAGUGUUUAAUAGAGCUGUGUGGGAAGUCCCUUAAUGUCAGUCAGUUCACCACACCUCAUUUCAGAACCUUACCUCCACUUUAAAUCCAGAUUUCAUGGGCUGCAAGGGCUCCCAGGCCCACUCCAAACAAUGUGUAAGCAUCAGAGUCUGUCAGGGAACAGCAGGCCCUCUCCCCACCAUCUUUGGACAAGACCCACUCAGACUGAAUUUGAUGAAACAGAAUUUAAAUUGGGUUGACUGGCCAUUCACAUGUUCCUUCUCCAGGUCCCAGCCACCCAACCACUUAGACUACUGUUCCCUCUGAGUGUUCCUCCUGGAGCAUCCACAGAAGCAGUGGACGGAUCAGAUCUGCCAGGUGCUUCACUGCCUGAAGUAACUGGAAAAUAGAUGGUUAGCAAUCCCUUCUAUCUCUUAGACUGCUGCUCUGCACGGGUACCUUGUAGAGCAACACCCCAUUACUGAGCCUUCUUCCUGAAGAGCUCCUGCAGUAUCACCACCAUCUGGGCAACUUCUUGUAAUUAAAACAUUCAGUGAAGAAAGAGCCAUUGCGGUGGUCCCCCAAAAUGCUGGAGAGCCCAUUCCAUUUCUCAUGUUCUUGAAACCCUUCCCCACAGGAGAAGACAGGACCUUUCCUCCAGGAGAGUUCAUCACCUGCAUACCUGGAUUUAUAGAUAUUUUUUUAGGAAUGGCCUGGAGCCUUCCUAUUCUGUGUUCAUCCCACAGUGUGGAAACAGUGCUCAGCCUGGUGGGUGAAGUACUGUGGGAAUUCAUCCAUCAGGUGGUUGCCAAAAUGGUGUCUGGGAAGAACUGGACUACAACCUUGUCAGGCAUCCUCUUCAUCUGGUAGCGUCCCUCCUCCUCCGAUAAAUCUUAGCUACCCCAGGCACUCUGUGGAGAGAAGUUUAUGGUAGACAGUUUGCUUCUCUGGCAGAAUAUUAUGCUAUGGAAAAACAUGCAGGCAUCCUACAGCAGUGUGGUCCAUUUUCUGUUCCUGCCUUGACUCCCUAACCCACAUAUAAAUUGGAAUCUUGAGAGUUUCCCUUGGAGGAUUCCAAGUUAUCAGCUUUAGGAAGCAGUCACCUCUUUCCUAUGUUUCCAUUGCCUUUCAUUUCUUUUCCCUUUCCUGAGCUUUUAUGUACUCCCUAUCUUGAGCUUCUCCAGUUUUAAUUGAGCCACGAGAGUCAGAGUGUCGAUGCAGACAUGUAGAUAUGACAUGUCUUAAUUCAUCAAUUCAUUUACUGCCAAGGCAUGUCUCAGGAAAAAUUCUGGAACUCCCUUAUUCAGUGUAUCCUAAUCUUGCACAUUUAGUCCUACUGCUUUUAGUUGGGUAACUAGGAAUUCUUUUCAUAAGCCCCGUUGGGUAAAAAGAGCUCAGUAGCAAGCUGAAGCCAUGAUUCUAUUGGGAGUAUGGGAGGAAAACUACAAAUGAGGUGAAUAAAUCAAAUGUGGAAAAAAUUAUUUGUUAUGCUCAUGGAAAAAUCUACCCAGCUCUGUGCAUUGAACUUACUCGGUUUUAGCUUUAUUUUUUACCCAGACCCUACAUCAUUCCAUCUCAGAGCAGUAACGGUGUCUACAUAACAGGUAGGGUCCUGGAGCAUUCCUGGAAGGGUCUAAAGCAGGGGUGGGCAAACUUUUUGACUCGAGGGCCACAAUGGGUUCUUAAACUGGAGCGGAGGGCCGGAACAAAAGCAUGGAUGGAGUGUUUGUGUGAACUAAUAUAAAUUCAAAGUAAACAUCAUUACAUCAAAGGGUACGGUCUUUUUUUUUCAAUAGUUUUAUUCAUUUCAAGCGAGCCGUAGUUUGCCCACGGCUGGUCUAAAGGCAACACUCAAAAUUCUGCAGAAUGUAUGUAUAUGUGGUUCUGAAAUUGUCCGCAUCUGAGUUGUAGCCCAACCUGCUUGUCCUCACAGCCUCAGAGGGAGUCUUGUUUUCCUCGUCAAGUCUUUAUGGUUGUCUUGGAGGUGUGUGGCCACGUCCUGUAAUGAAAGGCUCUUCCUGUUCUAAAUCUUGUUGUUGGGCUGGUCCCUGCUCUUUCAAAUAUCUGACACUCUCUUCCUUAAAGAGAGCAAAUUUACACUUCAUCCAUACUGCCUCAUCUUCCCAGGCAACAGCCAAACCUUUGUUAUCUAAACGCCUGAAAUCAGAGCAGUGCCAGCAGUCAGAAGGAGGAGGGGAUGUUCUGCAGUGGUUGUGUUUACAUAACUGCUACUCUUGGAUAGAACUGAAAAUCAGCUAGGCCAACUACUAAGACAACGUCCCCCACCACCCUCCCUCAAAGUGGGAAUUUCAGUUCUUUUCCACAGUAUUCAGCUUUGGGAAAUUUAGGGUGCUUAAUUUUUUCAAUCCUUAGCAAUGUACCUCCAUGAGACUAUGUGAAGUCAGCUGUGCUCACUCACUCUCUUCUUACUCUUCUAGGUAUUCAUUUAUUUUGGGGAGAUCUACCGCAGUAGAUAGAUAUUGGUAGGCAGGGAUGAGUGUCCUGGUACCCAGAUUUGGCCUAGGAUCGUGGCCAUUCAGGGAGGGUUUUCUGGUUUACCAGGAAGAUUAGAAAGAAAACACUUAGGAAAAAAUCUCCCAAAUCUUUAAAAAUCUAAUUCUCCUCUUGAUCUCACCUCCUUUCCCAUCUGCCUGUCAUCUUUAAUUUACAAGGCCACAAGUGGUCAGUGGUUUUCUUUCCAUCACAGUUUGAGGAUCUUGCCAUUCCUUAAAUGACCCAGCAGUCCCACUCUUUUCAGAGUGAAUCUAUUAAGCUUUUAUGAGUUUCUAUUUUCAGUAAGUUAGUGCUUCUGGGACACUUGGAGAAAGCAGUGAGAGUCAUUGUCUAUGCAAAGAACAACCCGGCUGACCCAAAAAGUUACCAGAUCUAAGAAAAAAGUAAAAAGCAUAUAACAGGAACUUGGAUUUUUGAGGAUUUACAAUUGCAGAGAAAUUUUGCAGCCUGCACACCAUAGCCCAUCUUGCUGAGCAAACUGGUCUUGUGUUGGUGACGGGGAUUUUUCAAGACACUACAUGAGCAGCCCGAUUUGCCUCUUAUGUGAGCACCAUAUCUGAGUGCCAGUCUGAGGAGCACUGCACUUUCCAAUUCAUGGCGUUAUCUGUAAAUAGCUUUAAUUUUUCCUUUGCAUCUUAGAUGCAGUUUUGUUCAUGCAGAGACCAGGUAGACAGUGACCAAAUGAGGCUGUACGUGUUGUUUUCUACUAUGAUGUACUUGAAGGAGAACCUUGUGUCCUCCACUCUUCUAAUCCUCCAUAGUAUUUGUGUUUGUUUGAGGCGUCCUGAGGUUACUCCUUCCCUCCUUUUUUGCCUCCAUUUUCUUUGUUUCUUCUGGAGACCCAGGGAGGCCCACAGUGGAGACCAUUUGUAAGGAAUGUAUCAUAAGGUCUGGGUUUCCAGAAACACCCUACGUGCAGUGAAUGAGAGGAAUAUGCCUGAAAAUGAUUUCAGAACCAUGUACCUUUAUGCUUUGUGAUUGUGAAAUCUUGACUUUUGUAACCCAAAAGUGAAAACUGUUCAGUAAUGGGGAUCUAUUUUGUGUGUUUCAAAACUUAGGUGCAAUGUUCCCUGGAAAAAGCUAAAGAAAUGUAUAUGCUCAGUUAUGUUUUAAAAUAAAAUAUUAUAUAUAU